UGCAUCUCCAUCUGAAGCGUAUUCAUGUUCAUGUUGUGCACAACAUUGACAUGCGAUCUAAAUUGUAACUGAGCUUGACCCAACCAACCACACGCACACUCACCACCAUUCAGCAACAAUGGCUUCGUCCUUCGUCAAGCUCGAUGAUUCCCCUAUGUUCCAGAAGCAGUUAUUUUCUCUUGAAGAAACAGCUGAUGAGUUAAAGGAUCGGUGCCAGAAACUAUACAAAGGGUGUAAGAAGUUUAUGACAGCUUUGGGGGAAGCAUAUAAUGGAGAAAUUGCCUUCGCUGAUUCAUUAGAAGCAUUUGGUGGUGGCCAAGAUGAUCCUAUCAGUGUAUCAAUUGGAGGACCCGUCAUAUCUAAGUUUAUUAUCACACUGCGUGAGCUAGCUACUUUUAAAGAGCUUCUUCGUUCACAGGUAGAGCACGUGUUGAUUGACCGUUUGACGGAGUUUAUGAAUGUUGAUUUGCAAAAUGCGAAGGAAUCUCGCCGCCGUUUUGACAAAGCUGUGCAUUCUUAUGAUCAGUCACGAGAAAAGUUUGUGUCUUUGAAGAAGAAUACGCCGGAAGACAUUGUUGCUGAAUUAGAAGAGGACCUACAAAAUUCAAAAUCAACAUUUGAAAAAAGUCGCUUCAAUCUAGUAAACUCUCUCAUGAAUAUUGAAGUGAAAAAGAAGUAUGAGUUCUUGGAGUCCAUUAGUGCGAUAAUGGAUGCUCAUUUGAGAUACUUUAAACUGGGUUAUGACUUGCUGAGCCAAAUGGAACCCUAUAUUCACCAGGUGCUAACAUACGCACAACAAUCUAAAGAACUGGCUAAUAUUGAGCAAGAUAAGCUUGCAAAAAGGAUCCAGGAAUACAGAACACAGGCAGAGCUGAAAAGCAUACGAGCUUCUAGCAACUAUACAGAUACAAAGCCAGGUUCUGAUGGCACCCAUGUUGUAGGCUUGAGCUCUUACAAAAACUUUGAAGCAGGGGUGCAGUCUGCAACCAAAGGGGAGGUUCAAACAAUUAAACAGGGAUAUCUGUUAAAACGGUCAUCAAGCUUGCGAGGAGAUUGGAAACGAAGGUUCUUUGUACUUGAUAACCAACGGAAUUUAUAUUAUUACAGAGUGAAGGGUGCCAAACCCAUGGGCUCUCAGUCAUAUAAUUAUACUCGUUCUUCUGAACAAAAUAGUGGCAUGUUUGGUAGAUUCCGUUCAAGGCACAACAGGGCAGCAUCGCUAAAUGAGGAUGUUUUAGGUUGUUGUGCAGUUGAUCUUUGCACAUCCACUAUAAAGAUGGACGCAGAGGAUACCGAUCUACGACUUUGUUUCCGAAUAAUUUCUCCCUCAAAAACAUACACACUGCAGGCUGAAAAUGAAACUGAUAGGAUGGACUGGGUAAACAAAAUUACUGGAGCUAUCACAUCGCUUUUUAAUUCUCAGUUUCUUCAGCAGCCUCAUUAUGGUAGAUUGCACUUGGAAAAUAAAAACUCAACAGUUGGUGCUUCUUUGACAAGUCAAUCAGAGGAUAGUCACAAAUCUUUGAUGGAUGACAUAUAUUCCAAUGAAGUGGGUAGUGUCUCUGAGAUCUUAAGGGGAAUUCCUGGGAAUGAUAAAUGUGCUGAGUGCUGUGCUCCUGCACCAGACUGGGCAUCUUUAAACAUUGGCAUUUUGCUGUGCAUUGAAUGCUCUGGCGUACAUAGAAAUCUUGGUGUUCAUGUCUCGAAGGUGAGAUCCAUAACAUUAGAUGUUAAGGUUUGGGAACCUACCGUUUUGAAGUUAUUUGAUAACUUAGGUAACACUUAUUGUAAUUCUAUCUGGGAGGGCUUGCUUCUUGAAAAUGAAAGAGUAGGUGAAUCAAAUGUGUCUAUGAAACCUUGCUAUACAGAUGCCUUUCAAGACAAGGAAAAGUACAUCCAAGCAAAGUAUGUAGAGAAAGCACUAAUAAUCCGAGAAGAGGAUAUACCUGGGAUCCCUUCAGUUUCUGUUAGAAUCUGGGAAGCAGUUCAGACUGUCAAUAUACGAGAAGUUUAUCGCCUUAUUGUCACAUCAACUUCAAAUAUGAUAAACAUGAAAUAUGAUGAUGUGGUUCACGAUGCUGAUGCUGAUGCUGAAGGACAUCAGCAUGAACCUGAAGCCUGUCUGAGAGUUAAAGAAACUAAUGAGAUAGAGAGGUGUUUCCGAGGUUGGUCCUUGCUACAUCUGGCAUGUCAUUCUGGCAGUGCAUUAAUGGUUGAGUUGUUGCUCCAAUUUGGUGCUGAUGUAAAUUUGCGUGACUAUCAUGGAAGAACUCCCUUGCACCAUUGCAUUUCAAGUGGGAAAAAUCCAUUGGCAAAGUUUCUACUGAGAAGGGGUGCGAGGCCCUCGGUUAAAGAUGCUGGCGGACUCACUGUACUUGAAAGAGCAAUGGAGAUGGGAGCAAUAACUGACGAAGAGCUAUUUAUCAUGCUUGCUGAAUGCCAGUGAAGAUGGAACGAAUUGGUAAAUAUUGUGUUAAGAAUUUUGAAUAUAAGCUGUUGUUCAUUAAGAAUAGAAUGUUCGAUGUCUUAUUAGCAUACCUAAUUCACCGAAAGGAAAUUCAUUAACUGUGGAUCCAUAUUUCAUGCAGUUACUAAUCGAAAACACUUCCCAUGUAUCUCUCAAUGAAAAUUAUAAAGGAAUAUAUUCAU